AUGCAUCAGCCGGAGACGAGGAAGUACCAGCUCUUUCCUAAGGGAAACCAGACAGCCACCAAGGUCCUGGACCCCGAGCAAGCUUUUGCCCAUGCCAUGUCUCAGAGCUCCAAGACCGAGAAGAGCGAUAAGCUGGCGGCGGCAAGCAACGGCCUCAGGAUAAGAAUCAAGGAGCACAACCUCACCAGGCGACGGAAAAUCAGCGUGCCCGACCUUGGGCCCAUGACUACGGUCCAGGAGGUCGCUAUGGACUCUCCUACGAUUCCUGGAAGGCCUCCUCUCCACGAGCGAUCCGUUAGCGCACCUGGCCAGAGCUGGAAGCAACAGAGCAGCCAGCUUUUCGACAUGUCUUUCCUCCACAGCCCGAUCGAAGAGAUCAUCCUCCCCACAAGCAGCAUGGCCGCUCUUCAAAGUGAAAACCGGUCUCCCACACCAACCAAGCAACCUCUCUCGCCGAAACAUCUCGCUCCCCUCGUCAUUCCUACCCAGCAGGGUACCCUCCCUCGCCUUGCCAAGCAGAUUUCCCUCACCCGCCUCCGGUCUGGGAGCACUCCCGUUGAGCCCCUAAUCCGUUCUGCCAGGACCGACGACUCUCCGAGAACUCGUACUCCCUUCACGCCACUCUCUUCGAGCUCGACCCAAAUGACUGCUUCCACUUUACCUACGCCCAUUUCCGCCCCAAUUACUGAGUCUUCUCGCGCCUCCCCAAAGCCUUGGGAAGCCCCGAGGGCCACGACGCCAACCCAGGCCAUGAUUGAGAGGGUGGGCACCCCCAAGACAGACGAGCCCCGAAGCGCCAAUGCCGUUUUGUACGGUCAUCGCAGAGGCGUCUCCGAGUCGGGCAGCAUUAUGGACAGGGGCCGACCUAAGAAGAGGAACGACAUCCGCAAUAAUAAUGGCCCCCUCCUGAAGAGGUCAGACUCGAAGAAGCGCAGCCAAAGUGCAGAGCGAAGAGCCUUUGAGCAGCUUCCCAAGGGCUGGAAAGCAAGCGAGGCCCCUAGCGCCCUGACUCCCAGCGAGGUAUCGGAGCUCUACAGGCAGGCUGUCGGCCAGGCAGCUCGUUUCGAGGUCCUCCGCAAGGAGGAUGUAGAGGCUUUGUCAAGGGAACUCCGCCACCUCGAUGAGCGGACGGAAUAUCUCCGUCGCACUUAUACCUCUCUCCGCGCCGGGCGACGCAACCUCCAUUCCCGGAUUUGCCAGUAUCUGCGAUCUCCCCGCGUAGCAAGAUUCAGCCAUGACUCCAUGCUGAAGCAGGAAGAGGCUCUUGCAGAACUUGAUGCGUCCAUUGACGAUUGGGUGACCAAGCUCGAGCAGGCUGAGAACCGCCGUACUCGCGUCCGCCAAAAGCUCCUUGAGCACGUCGCGGCCGCGGCGACUCUUCCAGUCACAAAUGCCACCUCGGCCUCGGAGUCGCUGCAACUUGCUAUGGGCAUCCGCCCUCCUCAGUACAACGGAGUGGGUAACAUCUCCACACCUCCACGAAGUCCUACCAAGGCUGGCUUCUCGGGCAACACGACAACAACCACAUCCGCCUCCACCUCCCCGCACCGUGCCGCCGCCCACGUCCCCAGCACUAUCCUAGAGCAGCCCCUCGUCGAGGAGGCCGCUGCUAUUAGUGAUCUCAAGAACCCCAUCACCGCCCCCUAA